AAAACCCCAAGCCUUAGCACGUCAAGUAUUUGUUAAUGAAACAUUACCGAAAAGUAAACUUGUACGGCCACUACAAAAAUAUGUCACCAACAAAACAGUUUCGUCAUGUGGAAAACUUUUUUUUUGCAUUGGUUAUAUUCCUGAAUUCGAGACUAUAAAUCCUGUUGUGUCGGCAUUGCCAAUGUUAUAA